AAAGAACAUAUCACAGAUGCCAUCGUUUUUCUUUUUGAGUGAUAAAAUAAUAUUUUUUACAAGAAAUUUGUGUUUUUGUGUUUCGUAAGUGUAGUUUGUUUUCGUGUGAAGUGAAACAAUUCAUUUCAUUUAUCUGUCCAACGAAGUUUUGUUAAAAAAUCUCAUCUUUUAUUAGAAUAUGUUUAUAUAGCAUAAUUCUUUAAAAUAAUAUUUACACAUUGACGGCGCUUUUUAAGUAAUUAAAAACAAUAAAACAAUCAAACAUGUCUACAAGUAAUUUAAGGCAGUACUUCUUGCUAUGGAGUGUGGAUUACUGGAACUUAGAAGUUAUGACGGAAAAUAAUUUUAAAUCCAGAGAUAUUGGCCUACGGGCUCAGAAAAAAAUUCUUUCCCGAAUGGCAACAAAAAACAUAGCAAAGGCGUAUAUUGAUGGGACUACGGCGUCACUUCUUGACAAUCUCUACAAGCUGUGCAAGAUGCAUACCGGCAACAAGAAGGAAGCAGAGAAAUUAAUAAAAAAUAUUAUCAAAAUUGUUAUAAAAAUUGGGGUUUUACACAGAAAUAACCAAUUUAGUCCAGAAGAACAGCAAGCUGCAGAGCAAUUCAAACGAAAAUUUCAAAAUACUCAACUCGCUGUGAUUUCCUUCUAUGAAGUGGACUAUAGUUUUGAUUUACCGUAUUUACAAAAAUCAUUUGCAGAUUCCCAAAAUGCACUCAAAUCAAUUGUCCAGCCUCAUUUAACCGACAAAUCUAUUAAUCGCAUCAACGAAGUAUUUGAGUUUUUUAGUGAUGCAAAACUCUUGGAGAGCGCAUUUAAACCAGACUCGCCAUACCGUGAAGUAAUGGGUCACAUUGUUGCCGAUAUAAACCAAGCAAUGGAAACUGGUGACAUUUAAUAAUAAUAAAUCAAUCUGGUGCUUAAAAUCAUCCCAGAAUUUGGAUGACACACAUAACAUGAAAAAAACGUCCCAUUUUCUCAAUGUCGAAUUUCAACACAAAAGUGAGAACAGAGUAGCAAGUUAAAAUGUCUUGUCUUAAUUAUUAGUGCAGUGUAUUUUGUUACUUUAUUUGUUAGUACAUUUAUAGAAUAUUUAUGUUUUUCUAUAUUAUAGAAAAAAAACUACGAAAAACUUUUUUGUACCAAAAAUGAUAAAAAAACAACAAUCUAUAAUGAAAAAUAAGCAUAUCGCUCCGCAUCACAUUUUUACUACUCUUCGACUAUUUAACGAACAACUAUAUCACUUUAGGAGGUUAUACCUAGUUUCAAACUUUAACGAAACUUUUUUAAUAAAACUAAAAUAAAAUAAUGAACAAAAAUAUUCAAAAACACUUAAUGCGGACCAAAUGGUUAAAAAAUAAAAUGAACCUACAAAUCAAUUAUUUGUAUGCUUUGAUAUUAUAUUUAAAAAUAAUUUGAUAUUAAACCACGAAGUUCAUACUACUAUUUGUAUGGACAAUAUUUUAACUAGUACUACAUACUUGGAAUGAUAUUUGAAAAAAGACCCACGCUUACAUUCCUUAUAUUUAUAUUUAGCCUGAUUCUGCUUUUCUAACAAUACAAAAUUUGUGGUUAGAUGAUUUCUUAAAAUUUGUUUAUUCAUUGGUUCUAAUUUGAUACUUUUGUUUCCAAAAAAAGAAUUCUUUAAUCGUUUUUUAUGGAUGGAUAGCAGAAUAAGGCUUAUUAAGUUAUGCAUAUGCCAUUUUUCUACUGGAUGCUAAAACUAACUUGCCUACCGAAGAAAACAUAUCCAAGUGACAAUAAAUGGCACAAACUAUUAUUAUUAUUAUUGUACAAUUGUAUUUUAUAUAUAUUUUUUAAACUAUUAUUAUUAUUGCCAAUAUACACAGAUUACUAUGUUAAGUUACGUAUUGAAUUGCAUAUUUAUUUUUGAGGAAGGCAUUCCUACAUGUAUGCCCGUUUAAAAAAUAGGUGUUGUUUUAAUAUUAACACGUUCGAAUUUCGAAAGAAAAGAAGACACGUUUAUGUAUUUUAGUUUUUUCUUUGAAUAUCGAUAUGCAGCGUCGUCGUGCACGUGCCUGAAGAGACAAAUAUUAGCUUUGCAAUAUUUGUUUUUUACUUUCUUCUUCUUCGAAUUUGGCGUACAAUUGAUGUUCGAAUUAUUAUAUGUUGUGCUGCACUCAGUCUAUGUUUAAUAAAUUGUUAAAAUUAGCCUCUAGUUAUGUACUUAAUUGAAAGCAACACACAUACAAAAUAUUAUCUCCAGUUGUUGGAGUUUUUUCUAAAUAAAUACACAAAAUCAAAUAUAAUUAAAA